AUUCCAACAACACGCACAGAACGUUCGCAGAACGAUUGACGCCUGACGGUCCGUUUAAACUUCGCAGCGUCCGCUUGUCCUCCGUGAAGCACACGCCGAGAGGACCACCUGCAGUUAUUUACACACAUAUAAAUCACAGUUUACCCAAAUGGCUGAAUCAGAAGUGAAUCCUAAAGCUUAUCCUCUGGCUGACGCCACCCUCACCAAAACCAUCCUAGACCUGGUUCAACAAGCCGCCAAUUAUAAACAGUUGAGAAAAGGAGCCAAUGAAGCCACUAAAACGCUGAACCGUGGUAUUGCGGAGUUCAUCGUGAUGGCUGCCGACGCUGAACCUCUGGAGAUCAUCCUUCAUCUACCUCUGCUGUGUGAGGACAAGAACGUCCCGUACGUGUUUGUGCGCUCCAAGCAGGCCUUGGGUCGCGCGUGCGGGGUGUCCCGGCCCGUCAUCGCCACCUCGGUCACUAUUAAGGAAGGCUCUCAGCUCAAGCCUCAGAUUCAGUCUGUGCAGAUGGCCAUCGAGAGACUGCUGGUCUGAGAACUGUUUGGAUACAUCUGCAGUUUUGAUUUUUCCUUUUUUGUCAUUUACAGUCUCAGUUUUAAUUCUUAAUUACUCACUUUGCCAUUGGAUGAGAAUAUGUACAUUAUAUAACCAAAUGUAUUUUUUUUUUAUUAUGAGAUUUAAUUUUGUUCAACAUGGUAGAAUAUUUAAAACAAUAGUUAUGAAAAAAAAAAAAAAAUAUAUAUAUAUAUAUAUUGAUCAUUGUACAGACUUGUAAUAAAACGAACUCCAGGAUAUACAAUGUUCUGCAUCUCUGUUUGUAUACAGUAAUUAUACUAUGUUAAAAUGUUGGGGUCAGUAAGAUUAUUAUUUAUUUAUUUAUUUAUUUAUUUUUGUAGGAAAAAAAUAUUUUAUUAAUAUUUUAUACCAAGGCUGCAUUUAUUUGAUACAGUAACAAUAAUAUUGCAGUUUCAGUUUAAAUAACAUUUUCAUUUAUUUAUUUAUUUCUUUACAAAAAAAAUCAUACUGAGCUCAAUGGUACUGUAUGUACAGGGACAUACAUUUUUUUGAACAGAACUUUUUUUUUUUUUUUUUUUUUUUAAGUCUUUUCUGCUCACCAAGGCUGCAUUUGUUUGACCGAAAGUAAAACAAAAACAGUAAAAUUGUAGAAAUAUUUAUACUAUUUAAAAUAGCUGUUUUCUAUUUGAAUGUAUUUUAAAAUGUAAUUUAUUUCUGUGAUUUCAACGAUGAAUUUUUAGCAUCAUUACUCCAGUCACAUGAUCCUUCAGAAAUCAUUCUAAUAUUCUGAUUUGUUGCUCAAAAAAAACAUUUACUGUUGUAAACAGCUGAGUAGAUUUUUUUUUUUUUUCAGGUUUCUUUGAUGAAUAGAAAGUUCAGAAGAACAGCAUUUAUCUGAAAUGGAAAUCUUUUGUAACAUUAUAAAUGUCUUUAUCAUCACUUUUGAUCAAUUUAAAGCAUCCUUGCUAAAUAAAAGUAUUAUUUCUUUCCAAAAAUUUAUACUGACUCCAAGCUUUUGAAUUGAGUGUUGAACGUUACAAAAGAUUUAAUAUUUUAGAUGAAUGCUAGUCUUAAUAUCUUUCUAUUCAUCAAAGAAAAAAAAAUUGUACUCAACUGUUUUAAAUAUUGAUAAUAAUAGUAAUAGAUUUGUUGAACAGGAAAUCAGCAUAUUAGAAUGAUUUCUGAAGGAUCAUGUGACACUGAAGACUGGAGUAAUGAUGCUGAAAAUAUAGCUUUGAAAUCACAGGAAUAAAUUACAUUUU